CACCAUUCGUUUUAGUGUAGCGAACGAAAAUGGUCGUGUGCAAUUAUUUAUUACUUACCGGCGUCGUCGGUUUUUGAUUUCUUUUCGUGUCGGCUGACGGUGUUUAACACGGUAUAGGGCAGUCGGAUAAUUUAUCAAAUUUUCGAUCGAUAGCGAGUAAAUCGCCGAGUGGUUUUUUUUUUGUUUUUGUUUUUGUUUUUUCGAUAAUAAAAAAAUACCCAACAUGCGGUCGGAUAAUCGACGGGAAUAUCGAGAAAUAUAGUUUUAAUAAUAGCGUUUAAUAUCAAUGUAUACGGACGGUACGAAAUAUUGUACAUCCGACAGCACAGUUGUAGUAGUAGUUAUGAAACUUGAAGUCUGACGAAUAAUGCAGUUAUCAUUCGGACCGUUAAUACUCGCGUGGAUACUGCUAUUGCUAAUACGGCUGUCAACAAGUGUAAAGGUACGGUUUAUAUUUAUAUUUACUCAUGUAUGUGUGUAUUUAAAUAAGGAUUGUGUUUCGCGUUUAAAACGAAAUAUACGGAAAUUUCGCUAUCGUCGCGUAUUAAUCCGAUAUUAGCCGGCGUAUUGUAUUAUUGUUGUUUCUAUAAUAUCUAUAGAUGAUUACGUUCGAACAAUAUUAAUUAUUCGGUUAAUAAUUUCACGUGAAAUCGCGUUCAGAAAUAUAGUAUUGAUUUUAUUUUAAACGAAUUUACAAUACACGGUGUUUAGAUUUCGUUAAUGAAAGUCUUGAAAAUCAGUUACCAACACUAACGCCGUACAUCAGUAUCGUAAAUUAGUGUCCGUAAAUACUUACUUUUCCGACCGAUUUUCAAAGUACUUACUCCAGUGUCAUACGGGUAAAUUAUAAAAAAUAUAGGGACCUACACAGUACAAUCUGUUAUAUUUUUUCUAAAAUUAUCGAAAAACCAAUCGUCAAUAUAUUUACAUUUAAGCGUGCACAAAUAAUUCGAUCGGUUUCGUAAAGAAAUGCGUUUUUCUGCUGACUUUUAUUUUAUAUUCAAACUUCGUUGGGGGAGGGGGUAUUUUUGCCUCAAAUCACAGGUAUUUUGGUGAUUUCAGUUAAUAAUGUCCAUAAAAAAAAAUAAUAUUGUGACGGAAAUUUGUUGAAACGUUUAUUUUCUUUAUUCUUGAGUUUUUUUUUUUAAAUUAUCAUUAUUAUCAACUAUAAUAUUAUAAGCAGGUAGGUGGGUUAGUUUUUAGGUUUUUAAUUUCAUUUACGGAGUGGUUUUACGAAAAAAUGUACUGUCUACCCCUCGUGUAAACCGAUUAUUCUUUUUAUAGUUACUGUUUUUUAUUUGAUUUUUUUUCUCUCUCUAGCCAAAUGUUUAUUUGAUAAUUAUAAUAUUAAUAUUUGAUAAAAAGGUGCUUUUUUGGCUGACUCGAAUAUUUAAGUUAAGGGACGGGAAUCCUUUUAGCCGCUUUUAAUUUCGCCUCCAAACGUUCAUAUGUGUAACACCAUAAUAUUAUAACACGCAUAAUGCAAUACAAUUGUAUAAACGGUUAACCGUAUUUUUAAAUUUUAAUUAAUUCAAUAAUUUUACGCAGUCUUUGUAAUUUUAUACACCUACAUAACCGACAUUAUCUACACAGACACACAAUUCUUAUUGUUUAUACUCAAGUACAAACCAGGCUAAUUGAAUUUUACUACAUAAUAACAAUUAUUAUUUUUUUUUUAAGUAAUUCAGUCGACUUUUACCGUUAUUUACGGAAGAGUACUUCUCAUAAGUCAUAAUGUUUUUGAGAGUAUACUAUAACAUGCUGUGCCUUAAAUUAGGGAUUUUAAUUAUUUAAAUUUUUUGAUAUUUAAAUUUGGUAUUUAUUAUGGUUUAUACUGUGUAUAGAGAAAUAAAAGAUAUCAGUUGUAUACAAAUUACUAAAACUGUGAAAAUACAAAAUUAUUGUACAUCGUAAAAGUAUUGUGAAUUUUUAACAAUAAUUGCCGAAAUAAAUAAAAUUUUUAUUAUAUUGGGUACGGUUUUAGCGUCAUAAGUGGUAUGAGCAGUCAAUACAUAAUAAUACAUAAUGAUGAUCAUUAUUACAUUUUUUUUUUCUUUUUUAGAGUAUACUGCAUACCCUCAAGUGGCGUUGGAACACCACUGAAGUUAUAAAUUAACUUAAAAAGACGAAUUCUUUAAUACAAAUAGAUAAAUUAAAAUGAAAUAAAUUUGAACACAUAAAACAAUACGUUUUUAGCUGAACAAUAACCAGGAAACUAUUUUGUUAGGAAACUAUUUCGAAUAUUAAAGAGUUUAAAAUAUUUGAAAAAUGUAAAUUUCGAUUUAACAUAAUAUCGUAUACAAUAAUAAUAUUAUUGAUUUUAAUUAAACGUGUUUACUUUAUUGAUAAAAUCGAUAAGUAAACUAUAAUUUAAUUUGAAUAUAAAAUUAAAAUUAUGUACAAUUGUAAAAUGCAAAAAAGGAUAAAAGUAAAAUUUAAAGUAUUCCCGUCAUCGGGCCAAUUUAAUUUAAUUUGCAUUCGAAAAGUCAACAGCUCAUCAAGAAUAAUCGUGUCUGACGCAAACUCGCUGAAAAAUAAUACUUAAUACAAAUUAAUAGUUUGAAUUUUUCUACAUAAUACAGUGUUAGACAAACGGCCUAAAUUACCGAUCCAAUAGAGUAUACAAUUCGAUUACUGCGAUCCGUGUGAUUCGCGACUGAUUAUGCCAACUGCUAAAUAAAAAUCGACUUAUUCAGUGCAUUUCACACAUCGAGUUCGUUAUAUAGUUAUAUUAUUAAGUCCAUUUAGAGUAUAAAACCUGAGUGGUUUUUUUUUUUUUUUUAAAUCUUGGGCCUAUUGUUGAACGAGGUGAUAAGUUUUCAUUUUCCCGGACGAGUAACACAGUUGUAUUUUAUAUCAUACCUGGUGCAGACGCAAUAAUAUUAUAACUAACCAAUUAGACUGCGAAAGUUUAUGUAUAUUCGUUUUCGACCGAAAUUUUGUUACGCUUAAAAUCAACGCGUCUGAAUAAUAUAAUAUUUUAAAAACGUUCGCUCUAGUGUUGCAGUAGGUACGUAACUACCUACCUACCUACCUACCUGUUCGUCGUUUCAUCAGAGACAUUUCUGCAUCGAUUAACAAACAUAAUCGAUCCGAGCGAACGUUUUUUGCUCACUUUACCCUACGAUUUAUUUUUUUUUAUUAUUAUUUCUAUUAUUCGUCGAGCGCAUCGGACCACUGCAGUGGAUGCGUUCCGGCGAGUGAAAAUUCAUAUACGUUCUCAAUAUCAGCGCGAACGGCAACGAUUAUCUUCAUUGUAAAUCAAACGAGGAAAGUAACGAUUCGGUAAUAACUCUAAAAAUUGCCCUCUUAUAUACCUGCCUACACAUACACACACACACACACACACACCCAGACAUGAUAAUAAUACACCUUUUACUUUCAUCGCACAUCCUGUCUCGGGUCCACUCGAGACCAUUAUUGUUAUUAUUUUUGCAGAUCAAAUGCCUAUAAAUGCUACUCCGCCAUCAACAAUAUAAUAUUCGUCUUCGCCCGUUCGCAUAUUGUGUCUCCAUAAUACACGAUUAUAAUAAUAAAAAAAAAAAAAAAAUGAUCCAUUAUCAAUAAUUGGUAUACCUACCUACCUGUCUGAUAAAAACGAACUAACUAUACAUAAUACAUAUAAUAUGUAUUAUAACGACGAGUAAAGUCCAUUAUAGUCCGUACGUUUACAAUAGUCAAGCUUAUUUCCCGAUAACCUUGCCCAUUCGGAACACGUUUGAUUUGCACGCAUCAGUGACACACUUUAUAACGAAUAAUAAAAUAUAUAUAUAUAUAUAUACAUGGGUAUAUGUAUACACAUAUCCAAAUAUCGAAUAUGAUUGUACAUAAUAUAACAUUGUUUGAGCUGUUGGCUUUUUAUUUAUAUUUUUUUUUUUUUGUGUCUGUAUAAAUAAUAAUGUAAAAAUUCCUGCUAUUGUCAAAAAAUAUUAUAAAAUAAUCGAAACAAUCCUGUUGGUCAGGUUGAUAACCUUAAAUAUGUUUCAAAAUUAUUUUUCAAGGAGAAAUAACGAUACAGUGUAAUAUAAUAUACAGGCACCUAUAUAUAUAUAUAGGUAUACAAUAAAUGUGAAUUGUUCUUUUAAAAGUUUAAAGGGAGAAAAAAAUAUUCCGACAUUUUCGCUAAUAAUAACUGCGCAUCUCUUUAAAUUAUAAAGUUGAUGACAAUAAUUUUUUCGAGUUGAAUAAAAAAAACAUUAAUUUUAAUAUUACAUUCUCACAUUUAUUUCAUUUUGAAUCAACGAGUGUAUAUCGUCGCGAUUACACUUCUGAAAAAUAAAAUUAUAAUUAAAGCCGACAGAAAUAUGUCCUGAAAACCUAUUGAAUACGUACGCAGUUAUGCCGUUAAAAUUACUAAAAUAUGCUAAAAAACAAAAAAAAAAAACAACAAUAAUUCUAAUUUUAAUACAAUAUUUUAAAUCGAUUCCGAACGUACCGAAUGAGUAUGAACCACGACUGAUGACUUGGAUAAAAUCAAAUUCGUUUACGUACGGGUACAUUAAAGUAUACUAUAGACAAGAUAUUAUGUGACAUAUUUAUACGGUAGUCUAACCUUAACGACGCAUCAAUAAAUUGCAUAACUCUUAACAACUUAUAUGAAACAAAUCAAUAAAUGUUAUCUUAUCUAAAACACGGUUACCCAGGAUGUUAUCGCCUUGAAUGCUGAUAUUUAUAAAUCUUGGCUGAUUAUUGUGCGUUUCGUCAAGUUGAACACGUCUGAAAAAUUCACGAAAAUUUAAAUAGGCUCUUAAGCAUAUACGGAAUAUACUUGAAAUAUGCUCUAAAAACGCAUAGUAUCCUAAACUAACAUGCUCUACUAAUCUUAAAACGCCGUUAUAUACAAAAGUAUGCAAAAUCAAAUUUUGGUCUAUCGACUCGUUGAAACACGCGUUUUGUUAUUGACUAUAUCAGCUAAUUUUUGACCAACCAAUAGAGUAUGCAAAUUCAUACAAAUUUCAGUACGAAUUAUACAACCUGUAAACAAUUAAAUUCGAUUUAUUAGUUUUGGUAGUUUCAAUCGUACAAAAUGUGUAGCAUAUGACAAAAUUAUAAAGAUUAGAAUUCUCCUGUGCCAAGCGUAAAGGCUAUAAUAUUACGAAGAAUCCAUAAAACGUAUACGACGUCAAUUUAUUUUCAAAUGUAUUUUCAAUUCUCAAAUUUUAAAACGGAUUUUAUUUCUUGAAUUUGGUAUUAUAUUGGCUAAAAUAUUAAUUUUAUAAUCACUUUCCGUCAGACGAGAUUUCGUCUUCCGUUCCGUAUUUCUGUUUGCUACUUGUCCAUCGUACAACAUAAUUUAUGGUACUAUCCUUUAACACGUGUUGUGCGACUCGCAAAUCGGGAUCACAGCUGAUGCUAUUUAGCCUAACUCGAGUCUCGAUUUUAGCGUAAGCUAUUAAAGUUAUUUCGCUAUUCAAAAGUAAUUUCGUAUUAACCGUUGUGCGUCCGUCGAUAUUCUUGGUCACGUUUGGGCUUCGGCGUGUACAGCUGUUAAAAUACGAAACAAAACGAGUACGCGGCCGCAUCGAUAGAAAAACUUGUAAUUUACGAUUAUUACAGCAAAACCGUAUUGUUUAUAAAACGAUUUUUAUUCCGAAACCUAUUCGCGUAUAUAAAUUAGAUAUGUUUAUAAAAUUACCGAUCUAAAUACACGCUACAAACACGAACAAGGGAGAUUGAGAUAUUAUUUUACAUACAUUACGUAUUUAAAUUAAAUCCAAAACAACAACUUCCGGUUUUUUUUUUUUUUCCCCGGAAUAAUUUUACCGCAGAAAUAUUAUAUACGUUAGGUAACAGUACGUUCAUUAGUCGUUCGUUCGUUUGAUUAGUUAUUCGUCGAAAUUAAAACUGUGAAACAAUAUAUAUUUAUAUACAUAUAUACAUAUUUUAACGGGUACGCCUAGACAUAAUAACAAUAGGCACCCGCUAAAACGCACGCAAUUGAUCUUAAAUAACCGUAUCGAUGUAAUAUGUUAUAAUAUUUUUUUGAUUUUUUUUUUUUUUUUUUCCGUUCUUACACUAUACUUAAUAUUUAUAUAGUUCAUUGAACUAUUGACAAAAAACAAAAAAAAAACAAAAUAUCGGAUCGCCAUAUCGUAUAUUAUAUAUUAGAUUCAGUACCUACACAAUAUCAUUACCUAUACGAUAUCAAUAUAAUAUUUAUCACGAAUUGUUCCGACACUAGACGUCAUUUGUUACGUUGCGAUGUGCGACGUGUACACCUAUCUCAUCGUCGUGCCCGGCAGUAAUUGUUAUAUUCGCGGUGUUCGUGUUCCCGGGCAGCGUCGUCGGCUAUAACGCAAGGGGUCACGGGACUUCGACACUGUUUCACGCAAAUUGUAAUGAUGUGACUUUGGUAAAUUGAGUACCGAACGAAUCGAUCGUUUUUCAAAAUCGGUAAAUCGAGUACUAUUUGAAUUACGAUUACUGUUAUUUUUGACAAUAUAAGUACGUAAUCGUACGUUGUUGCACCGUACACAUUUAUCGGUUAAUCACACACAGUGCACGCCGUUUAUGGACAGAACGUUUUUUUGCCGAAUUUUACUUAAACGUACGUAUACGUCUUAUCUUAUCGUAUUGUUUGGGAAAUGUCGACGACUAUAGGUCCCGAGAGACUCAAAUUACCGCUUUAAUUUUUUUUUCUUUUACGAGAGACUCGACUUAUCUAAAAUUAAUAAAAUGAAACUCAAUUUACCAAAUCCUCGCGGACGAGGGUCCCGCUCAAAUAACAGUAUCGCGGUACACUAUAUAGUUUUACUGAUUUCGGGGCGCCCGAACGGUUGUUACAGAUAAUAUUAAUUAUUGUCACGGCCAUUUAAUGCCGUAUAGGUAGCACAGCGUGUUUAUAUUAUUAUUACUAAACAACAAUAAAUUAUAACAUUUGAAAACUGAUCUGAUGCGCUGUUACUGUCCGAUUUCCAUAAAUAAUCAGUAGUGUUCCGUCGGUACUGUGUAAUAAGCGAUGAUAAAUAAAUCGCAUAAAAUAUGUACGACUUAUUAAACAAAUACGUAUAAAUAGCCGAUGAUGCCGCUGUUGUCAGCGAAAAGUUGGAGAGGAAAAAUAACAUAAAUAUACAGAUCCAUAACCGUACGCAACGAUUUAUUAUCAUUGCUAACAAAAAGUACGAGAAAACGAGUGUAAUUUGGUUAAACGUGUAUAGAAAUGCCCUACGAUUUUCAUUAACAUUUUAAAAGGUUAAAAUAUAAACACUAACCAUUGUCGUUAUUUUUUAGAGCGUCAUAAAAACACAUGAUGAACUUUGUAAUAAAUUUCUAAGUAUUCUUGAGGAUUCAAAAUAAUGUUAUCCACAUAGAAUCAAAUAGAAAUUAAAAAAACUCAACAAUUUCAAAUGUCUAAAAUGUAAAUAACAAUAAAUAGCUCAAAAAUGUUUUGAACAUUUUACUAUAUCAUGAAAGUGCUAAUAUACUUAGUGGUUGGUUAUAAUUUCAGGUAUUAACGAUUAUUUCCGACCGAAUAAAAAAAUAAAAAAACAACAACAAAAUCGUAAAUGUCCUCGGGUUAUUGCGUAAUAUUUCCCAUUUUCCGAUGUUUUUUCCCAGGUUUUUCAAAUUGGUAAGAAAACAAUAUGGGCAACUAUCGUUUUGUUUUAUUGCGAUACGAUUUAUGGUAAUAAAGUGUUUACAGACAGAAGAAAACAAAAGGCAAACGUCAUAGUAAAAACAGUAUUUGCAUUUUUUUCUACGUUUGGAACGUAAAAUAUCGUUAAAACAAUAUGUAAUGUAUUCAAAUAUGCUACUGUUGGAAAAUAUGUAUAAGGCCUAAGACAUUUUUGUAUUAAAGAGUUCUAGUCAUUUUCGGUUGUGGAAAUUUUGAGCCGAUAAAAAUCUUUUACGAAAGAACUAGGAUUAAAGAUUUGAAUUCGUGAUGAAGUAAUUAUUAUAUCAGCCUAAAUUAUAAUACUAUUUUGGUUCUUGUGGAAUUUAUGAAUUUUUAUAAGUUUAGACUAAGUUUAAUAUUUAUUGUUUGAUAAUUUUUGAAAAAUACGAACAUGAUGGCAUUAUAGUUUUUAAAAAUUGUAAUGGUCAUAAUGGUUAUAUACUUUUUAACGUAAUUCAGGGCCGUACUGGUCCAGUGGUCUACUGUAUUCCUAUAGAGGAUAGUGGAUCGCUGUCCUUGGUUGGCAAAGGUAGGCAAGUAAAUGAAAACAAUUAAUUCGAUUAAAUUAAGUUAAUUAGACAAAUGAGUAACCUCAAAUAAAUGUUAAAAGUUAAAUAAAAUUAAUUGAACUAAUUAAAUUAAAAGUUAGAACACAAAACAAUUUUAAACUUAACUCCGUUAAAAAAAUUGUUUUACUAUACAAAAUUUACAUUACGAAUAUUUAAUAUUGAGCAAUUUAUAUGUAUUUACAUUUUAUUUAAAUGUAUAUAAAAGUAAACUAAAUCGAAUUAUUAUAAUAAAUAUUGUAGGUAUUGAACAGCUAACUAACGCUGAAUUUCGAAUGUUGAAAAUAAUCGUUCGUCUUCAACUCGUUAAUUUAACUGAAUUUGUAUAAACACUAACUGCAGAAAAUUAAAUUUGUGUACGAUGAAAACUCAAACUAAUUAAGCCGUUUAGUUAACAAUCAAAAUAAUUAAUUAGUUUAAAGUUAAAUAAAAAUUAAUUUUAAUUUUUUAAUCAGUUAACGGCCACCCUCUUGUCUGUGUCUGGUAUGAUUAUAAUACAUGUAUUUCGUAUAAAAAAAUAUAGAACGAUGAGAUUUAAUAGGAGAUAAUGAGAGCGAUUCUACUCUCGCAUUAAGUUUUCAAUAUAAACGGAAACGUAUGGUUUUAAAACGAUUUGGUUUUAUUGAACUGAUGCGUGGGUUUGGAUGUUUGACUGAUGAAAUUUAAUUAGUUUUCCAUAACUAUCUAACAGUAAACAGGUUACUCUUCUUGAAUACACAUUUUAGUGUGACAUAUAUUGUAUAUAUUUACUUAAUUUUAAUUCUUCGAGAACAUCAAUAAUACAAAUAAAAAACUUGUAGAUGUAUGAGUUUUUCUGCGAUUUGUUUACUUAGAAUCUGUCUCACAGUUCUACGGUAACAAAAAAAAAAAAAAAAAACAUGACGUAAUAAAUUCUGUUUCAGAUCAACGAGACGAAUCUAAUUGAACAUUUAACACCAUCGGAAUGGAGACAUUUCGUUGGACCCAACGCGAGUAAGUUAUUUAUAUCGGUUAUAUGCUUUAGUUCCGCAUGGCGAUUAUGGUUUGAACAUGUUUUAGAGGGAGGAGGGGAGUGUGAAAGAAACAAGUGAAAAUUGACGAAGCAAUAUUAAAGUUGUUACAAAAUUUGUUUUUUUUUUUUAAUGAGGCGAGAGGUACACACACACGUUAAAAGCGAAUAAAUGUUAAUCGUUAUGGUUCCGUGGGUUUCCGAAGGGGUCAAUAACACACGGAUAGUAUACUCGUAUUAUAAUUCUUGUAUAUUUACACGCUACAGAUUUAGAUAGGGUUUUCUCGUUGGUUGACAGCGUUAUCUUACAGGAAAAAACUAAUUAUGUGAAUGUCGAAUUGACCUUUGUUUGUAGCAAUUUUGCUAAAAAAAAAAAAAAAAACAAACAUAAUAUGCGUAUAUAUAUUUAUGUAAAACUAGACGUUAGAGAGCGUGUAUGCAUUGUUCUAGGUCAACAUUUUGGCGUAACUUACUUAAAUCCAAAUAUGCCGAAAAUUGGACUGGUCAAUUUUACGUCUAACCAGUUUGGUCAUCAUUUUCAAUUAGACUUGCGAAAGAAUAACGGUUUAUUCGAUGACAAGUUUGUGAUAUUGAAAAGAAUAAAUGGAAAAUCGGAAAUCAUUGAUAAUAAUCUGUGGAAUGAUACCGAUUGUUAUUACCACAGUUUUUCACCUCACGUGGCCGCCCUUGAUGUUUGCAACGGACUGGUAAAUAAUUAUACCUAAAUUUAAAAAUUAAAAAUAAAGGUUUUUUUUUUUUUUGUUUAUCGGUUUUUUUUUUUUUAGAGAGGAAUCCUCAAGUCAAACGAUGAGGAGUAUUACACUAUAAGUCCGUUACCGGAGCGAUUUCAUGGUUUAAAUGAAACACCACACGUAAUUGUCCGAGUACAAAGCGCAGUGAAGUUAAAAGAUUCAAUUGGUAAAUUCAUCGCUGUAAACGAAAACGACAGGUUACGAAUUCGGAAAAAACGAGGUAUUUGGCCGCCAGCUGUGUUGAAUUUGGAAAUAGCAAUUUUUGUAGACCAAGACCUUUACAGGCUAAUGGCUGUUAACUUCGAAUCGAACACUGAGAAAGAAAUUAUUCGAUUUGUUUUGGCUAUGGUGAACGCUGUAAGUUAAUCAUUAGGCUUUGAUUUCACGGUACACGAAACACUACUGACUAUCACUAUUCCAUUUUUAUUUUGUGUUAAUGCAAAAUGAUUUUAAACAAAUUCAAAUUAGGCUGAUUUUACUUUUAAACAAAUUAUAUUUUAAAAGCGUCAUAAAAUGGUACGAUGUUGAACACACGGUUGUGUAAUAUAAACUUGUAUAAUAUUUCGUAUGCAGUAAGAACAAUUAUUUAACAUGUUAUACCAUUUGAUGCAUGCAAACGAACAAUUUCGCCUAAUGGCAACGCGUUCAACGAAUAAUAAUAACAACAACAACGAAUAAUUAAAUCGCGAUAUCAUUUUAAAAACGAUAUUAAUUGUGUGCUAGAAAUUUAUUGUACGCGCGAAUACUGUAUUGAACCGUAGCGUAGCAGUUACAAUGGUGGCCUAGUUGAAAUACAAAUAAGCAAUCGGAAAAGACAUUAAAAGAAAAUCUGGUUUUUUUUUGUUUUUUUUUUUUUUCGUGGUCGUUUAGGUUGACUUGUUGUACCAUGACCCCUCGCUAGGCCGUCAAAUUAACUUCAUCUUGAAAAGACUAGAGAUAUUGCAUUCGGAUCCCGAGGGUUUGUCCAGGUCCAACGACAUAGACCGGUUUUUGAGCGACUUUUGCAAGUGGCAGCAAACCGAAAAUCCACCGCAUGAUUCCGACCCCCUGCACUGGGACCACGCCGUUAUCCUCACUGGCCUCGAUUUGUUUGUGACCGGUAAAAACGGUAAAGUCAGUAAUCAAGUGGUGGGUAAGUGUUUGCAAUGAUAUAAUAGUAAUGGCUUAAAGAGUUUUUUUUUUUUCUUUUUAAUGGAUAAUGCAAUUAUUAUUAUAUUAUCAACCUUAUAAUAUUGCCGCACGUAGGUCUUGCUCCGGUCGCUGGUAUGUGCACGAAAACUAGUAGCUGCACAGUAAACGAAGGGCGUCAUUUUGAAAGCGUAUACGUGGUUGCACACGAAAUUGGCCACAAGUAAGAGAAAAAAAAUAAAAUCGAUAUAUUUCGAUUUGAUUGAAAAAUUAUUUUUUAAUUCUAAAAAUACAACUUGUACCUUUACCAGAGUAUAAUAUACCUGUAUAUCUUGCGGAAUGCAUAAUUCAGUUUCCGUCACGAAAGAGGUCGUAUCAAAGCACUUUUCAUUUUUUUUUUUUUUUUAUUAUACAUUCCGAAUAAAUUACUACCGUCUUCCUAUAGUUGGCUUUCUUCUUUAUUCCCGACGAAAAUGACUAGAAAUAAAUAUACCGAAACCGACGGAAAUGGACGUGAACUCGUAAAAAAAUAAAACAAUAAGCAGAAUAUAUUUAUAAAGUAUAACGCCAACGAAUAAAAACUGUAAAUAAUAUUUAUAUUUAUUUAAAGAUUUUGACGAAAGGUCGCACCUUUUGACAAUAAUUGUUAUAUUAUGUUGUAUUAUCGAUUGUUUCAAUGUAAAGUAUUGUUCGCUAUUACGACAAUACGCUUUUAAAUCGAUUUUCAUAUUAUACUUAUAAAUAUGGAAUCGUUGUAAAUAUGAAUGAAUAAAAAAAAAAAAAAAAAUCGUAAAAUUAAACAUAUUUUUAAAUAAAAACAUGUUGGAAGAAGUCUAUUUGAAAAGAUUUAAUAUUAAAAGACACAGUAUUUGUUUUUUUAUUAUGACUGAAGAUCACUUUUGGUACGAUUAUUAUAUUGUUGUAUUUGUUCUCAUUUACAUAACGACGCUUAAGAGUAGUUAUUAUUUUUCGGUUUCUAUUAUUUUUGUUUUGCUUCGUUGGUUUAAGGAUCAUCUAAUCUAGUUCGCAAAAUUUAUUUGUAAAAUUGGGCGUGUUUAGUGUAUUUAGAAAGUAAAGUAAGAAUUUUUUUUCAAGUUCUUUUACAUUGUUAAAAAAAAAAAAAAAAUACAUUGCACAAACACCUACACACAUUUCCCACGAAUAAAUUAUUCAAUUAAGUCAGACCUUUUUUUUUUUUACAAAAAACAGAAAUGGAUAAUUUAAAUUUUUUAAAACAUUCAAAGUAACGGUAUUAACAAAUUUAAUUAAUUAAUACGUAGAUUAACAAGAAUUUGGUUUUUUUUUUAGCACUCAUCGUGAAUAAUAAGAUUUAAUUUAAAAGAUUAUACUAUUUUAUAUUAAAUAAAAUUUAAUAACCAAUACUAUCAAAUUACCAAAUAUUAACGAAUUUAAAUGAAAAUAAUCAAGAUCUAUAUUAUUUUAUAUUUUAAUAGACGGAACUUUCUUUUUAUACGGUUUGUUAUUAAAUGGACGAUCAGUAAACUAUCGUGCGUUUGUGUAAAACAAUAUAAUUACGGAUUAAAACUCCAAGGACAAGAUAACCAGUUUUAUGUGUAAUGUGAUACCUAAUACUGAUUCGAUUUUUAACGAGUUACCAUCGUGUUUUGUUUAAAACUAAACGACACGGUCGGUAUUUAAUUGUUUUCCUUUUCUUUUUUUUUUCUUUUUUGUUCGUCUAGUUUGGGAAUGCGACACGACGGAACUGCGUCGGACAACAACUGUGAUCCAACGAGUUACUUAAUGUCACCGACCCUCGGAAGUGGUAAAAUUACAUGGUCCACGUGCAGCCAUGAGUAUCUGGAGAAGUUUUUACAGUAAGUGUUUCAAACUAUUAUUACGAUCGUAAUUAAAUGCAGUUUAUUCUCACCGGAGUUCAUGGUUCCCUGAUGGUUCUCGUAAAAAACACAUUUCAAUCAUUUCAUUAUGGCGAAAUUUGAUAAAUUCGUCGGUUUGUCGUUUAAAUGUUUUUCUUGAAUAUUCAGCGAAAUUAUCCAAUAGAUGAUCCCGUUCAAAAAAACAAAAUAAUCUUUAACUCGAAUAGGUAUUGAUGAGUUAAACGAUUUUAUGUGAUUUUCCAAUCUUAAUUAGAUCAUAGAUAAUGAAGAAAUGGACGUUGGGAUACAUUUAUAUCGGAAUCCAAGUGGGAUCUUCCCACUUUUCGUCCAAAUUACAAAUCUCAUACUAAGUGUAAAUUAAAAACCACCGGUGGUUGAAAAUUCACAUUGUGUAUAUAAAUAAAAACAGCGGUAAAAGGAAAAUAUCGGGUUGGAUACAUUUUGAAGUAUAAAAGUAGAUAAUCUUGUCGAUUGUGGUUUAGGGACGUAAAUUCUAUACCAUUUCAUUUGUAGAUAACGAUUACUUACAUUCAAAUUUUAAUAAUUGUCAAUUACUUUUUUACAUUAUAAUGUAUCAUGGUUUUUACGAUCCGGACAUAAUUUAUAUUUGACUAAUUAUAUGAGCACUGCAGUAUAGAGCCGCCGUUUUUUUUCACGCUAUCUAUCUCCAACACUAGAGGAUUUGUUGACGUUAUGUUUUUUCACCGACGGCGCGUGAAAAUAUUUGAAUACAAAGAAUUAUAUUUUGUAUUGAAUUUAGUUAUUUUUAUAUUUAACAUCACCAAAACAUCGAAAGCAACCUAGGUUGAAACACAUUAAUUAACAUUAUUAUCACCCGAUUUGAAUUAUAAUACAUAGAGAAAUAAAUACCUUAGACACGGAAAAAAAACAUCAGUACCUACCCCAUAAAAUCUUUUAAAACUGACCGUAUGAUAAACUACAAUAGCGCAUUUCUUUAUUAUCUAAUAUGUAUAAAAUAACAUUGUUUAGGAGUUCACAAGCGGGGUGCUUGUUCGACGACAGCGGUAGUUCCGAGUACUUAGACCACAGGCAAUUGGGCCGUUUACCCGGUGAGCGGUUCGACGCACACGAACAGUGUGUACUUAAGUACGGUCGAGGCAGCGUGCACGCCACUAGUCAAGACUUGAGCGAAGUUUGUCGAGAUUUACACUGUCAACGGGACCGGUAUACGUGGACUUCGCAUCCGGCAUUGGAAGGCACCUUAUGCGGCACGAAUAAAGUACGAAUACCUAUUUUGCUGUGAUCCGCACAAAAUGCUUCUUUGUUGCUUUUUGAUUGGAGCAAGAUAGAAAAGGUAGAAAAGUUUUUCACAGACAGAAAAAAAAAGUACAACAUAGUAAAAUCAAUACAUACCUCGCUGCAUUCAGAAUUUAAAAAAUAAGGUAGGAUAGUGUAUAUUAGUUAUUAAAGUGGGAAAAACUUCAAAGGAAGGAUUAUAUUAGAUUUGUCGAAAAUUGGGGAACGUUCCCAAGCAUUAACUAAACUCAACCAAGCUACCAAGAAAAUCAUAGAGUCAAAAAACCUUAAAAUUAUGCCUAAGACUUAUAUUCAGGAAUCAUCACGAGUUUGGCUGUAUACAGUUUCCGAAAUAGUAUGCAACAUGUGCAUAGAAACUAUUUUAGGUAAUCUUAUAAUUAUAAUUUGUUUAAAAAUAGUUACUUUUUACUUUUAACAAUAAUGCCUCAGUUUUUAAAAUACGCACUAAUUCCUACAUUCCUUCUAUUAUUAUAUUUAUACCUAUCUCAAAAGAUAUCAAAAGAUUUUUAAGGUGCCUAAAUUCCCUCGUUGGGUUUUUAUAUUUUUGAUAAGCUUAAUUGUAAGUAAAACUAUGCUCAUGCAAUAUUUUAACGGUUGAACAUAUUUUCCAACUAUUUGUCAUUUUCAGAACUUAAGCCUUUACAUUAGUUAAUUGACAAUUUUUUAUCGUUCGAUACCUCUUAUUUUUGGAGCUUUACGAGAAACUUAAGAAAAAACCUCGUGCCUUUGCCAUCUAUCUCCACGCAUUCUACUUUUGUGUGGUACGGACAAUUCUUGGAUACGAUUUAUCCGUCUGACAUACCUACUUAUCUCGUGGUCAAGCGCAUUAACGAAUUCAAAGCGUAUUUCUUUCCUGCGCAGCCUAUCAAUUAAUAAUUGAAUAUCCACCAAACGAUUACGCCUGCGUCUGCUCUACUCUCAAUGUCCCUUCGCUUGUUUAUUGUCGAAUUACUACGAUUUAUUUUCACGUUACCUAUUGUUUUUUUUAAUCAUCUUUGACGAUCGUUUCAGUGGUGCAGGAGUGGACGGUGUGUGCACAAAGGUUUGUCCGCUCUUCAGGCCGGUUUCGUACCGCACCAGAGUAUCGACGGCGGAUGGAGUGAUUGGCAACCGUAUUCGGACUGUGCCUCGUCGUGUUUGUUGGGCGAUAGGAAUGAUCUCAACAGUGGUAGCACCGGCAUAAUGACCUCAGUGAGGAGGUGUAACAACCCGAGGUAAGUAAUUUUUAUCCAGGUAUUGUUAGUUGGGACUUGGGUAGUUUUUCUCCCGACUCAGGAAAAUUCUUAUUAGGCAUAUAUAUAUUUUCAGACUACUUUAAUUUUUACCAUUUCUUGAUACAACGCUAACAGUUACUGGCACCUACUUACAAUUUUUUUUUUUUAAAUAAUAAAACAAAUUUUCGGACCACACAUGUAGAAACUUUUAUUUUAAGUUUUCGUGUACUAUAAUCUACAUAUUUAAUAAUGAUUCCACUAUCAAUAAAUACAAAUCUAUAGUUCUGUCAUGAUUUAUCACAGCAUACGAGUAGAGUAACAUAAGUAAGCAUUGAAGUUUGGUGAAAAAAAAGUAUCGUUGAAAAUCCAAUCCCAUCUGGGGCUUAAUAAAAACAAUUAAUUGACUAUUGGAAUUUAAAACAAAGUGAAAGUGUUCUAAUUAAUUAAUCCUAUUUUGUCAACGAUAUCUAUUUGACAAUCGUUAUUUUUUAAAUAAAAAAAAAGAGUUGAUACUGUUAAUGGGUUUCAUACUACUUUAGGUGGAAUAUUGGGAAGGUAGGAUGUGUAAAGUUAUUUAAUUUAUACCUGUAAGCAACGAUCAACCAUUGCUAAUGAAAAGCGAUUCUGAGCGGAGGUUGCUAAAUUGUUUCCAAUUAUUAUAGGAAACGUAUUGGAAAAUUAACAAAUGAUCUCCACAAUGCACCAAAUAGUUCGAGAAUCCAACAAAAAAAUUUUCUAGUCAUUUUUCGAUUAGAGCAAGUUUUCUGGUUGAAAAGUUCUAAAAAAGUUUUAAAAAAACCAUACUUUAUAGUAAAACCAACAGAUCUUGCUACGCUCGUAUCUAUAAGUUAUCGAUUUGGUAGAAAAUAUUUUAUUACUCUAUUUGUUGACAAAAUAAACACUGGCUAAAAAAUGUAUCGACUUAAGUAAAAUAUUAUUACAAAUUGUUUGUACAAUACAAUACAUUUGUUUUUGUAAGGUGGUCAAACUGCUCUACACAAGAUUCCGUUUGUUUAUAUUUUAGAGCCAUCCUUUGUUCUACCCCGGUGUGGAUUCAGAUUUAUAUUACGGGGGGGAGAGGAGAGAAUAUUGCGCAUUCAAAAAUAAAAUAUCUGUCCUAUUACAUGUGCGCAUAUCUGUGUGUGUGUGUGUUUAAAAAUAACUUUUACGAAAUAGUUGUGGUUGUGUCGCUAAGACCAUAGUAUCCCUGCUAUGGUUACUAAUUUGUAUUUUAUUCGUUAAUAGUAUAUACGUUUUGUAAUUUCAUAUUCCAUAGGGUUAUUGUUGUAUUUAUUAAUUUAUUUACUGCGCGGUAUCAACAAUUACAAUCAUAUAGAUAGUAUAGGAUGGCCAUGAACGGGAAAAUGCAAUUUUAAAAUAUUAAUACUAAUUCUUCACUCUACAAUGUUCUCAAGACUUUUAAAUUUAAACUAUGUGUUUAACACGUAUUAUCAAUUAUAAUCAAAUUUAGAAAAAAAAGUUCUUAAGGUUCUUAACAUUGUAAUUAUUUAAUAAAUACCAAAUAGUAAACUUAGUAACUAGUAAACAGUAAGUUUAUGUUUUAAAACAAAGCCCAUGUCUAGUACAUUACGAACAAAAUUAAAUUCUCGGGUCAAUUCACGCGGUUACAGUUCCACAUAAUCAAACGCAUUUGUGACAGAACUGCUGUCAAAAUCAGCAGGUAUUAAUCGUACAGACUCACUAUAUUUGAUGAUGACUGAUGACUUGUACUUGGUUUAUCCGCUACAUUAUUUUUGUCGGAAGAGAGGUCACUUUUAUAUAUAUUUUUAAAUAACUUAACGUGAAAUCCGCAAUUCUUUUUGACACGGUUAUAUUAUUUAAAUCAAACGCGAUCGUAUACUGAAUUGAAACAUAUUUUUGAAUUCGAUUUAUGGAUAAAACUAACGGGCAAUACGAGAAGAAACACGCUACGCGAUGAUAUUCAUUACUGAUUGAUAUUCAUUAUCGAGUGACCGUUCCAUGUGGCAAACGUUGAACAAUAUUAUCACUGCGAUUUCCCAUGAACUUUGUAAAAUCUAUUAUAUUAAAUUAGAUUAGAAUAUAGAUAAUAAUAUCUGUUAAUUAUCUGUAUCUGUGAAAUUCAGACAGUCGUUCGUCCGUUUCACGACCGCCACAUUGUGGUACUGGUAUCGCGUCGUUCACCGUUAUCGCAAAUUCAAAGAGUAAUUCAGAACACAUAGAUUACAUAAAUAAUUCAAAAUUUCUUUUGAGUAUUUUUACUUGGGAAUUUUCCCUAAAUAAAACCCGCCUACGAGGGUUGGUGGCCGCUUCCUCCGCUCCCCCCUUCCACUGAAUCCGUGUCUGGUUCCAAUCCGGAAUGCACCAUCUAGUUUUUUGUUACGUGUGAUAAUAUUAUUAUCAGAAUACGUAAACGACAAUAAUGUACUCAGAUGCUCUUAUAUUAUACGUUUUUGAUUAUUGCUUUUCAUCGUCAUUCGGCUGUCAAUCUUGAUGUCCGUGUUAUUUUUGUUGUAAUAUUAUACUUUGACGUUGUAAAAAAAAAAUAUGUUGGUCUUGUUUUCCAAAGGCGGGUCUAGGUUAAUGAAAAUAAUUUAAUUGAUCAUUUUAAAAAAGUUAUAUAUAAACGAAAAUACCUCAGUUUAAAAGGAAACAAAAAAGAAAUUUAACUCGUUUAGUUAAAAGAUGAAAUACAAAAAAAAAAAAAAAUGUUAACUUCGCUCAAAAUAAAAUUUAUUUAUUUAUGCAUUCACUUUACGUGAUACAAGCAACUAAAUUUGUAUGCAUAUUCUAACUAAAAAAAAAAAAAAAUUGAAUUAUUUUGCUUUUAACCCGUUAACAGAAUGUUAAUGCGAGUUAAUUGUAAAAAACCUAAACGAGUUAAUUGUAUUAUUAUAGUUAUAACGAUGAAAACAAUAAAUUAUAAAAGUUAAAAAAUAAUUACAUUUUCAACUUGAACUUUUUAAUUAUGUAGUUUUUUAAUGCUCACUAUCUAUGUUCUCCAUUCUAUUUGGCAAUUUUUAAUGACGCUAAAAAUGUCUCUUGUUUACGACCAAUGUUUGGGAAUUAAUGAAUUUGCGCAUCGCAUACAAUUGAAAUUUAUAAUAUAUGCACAGUGAAACGCGUACCGAGUUAUUUAUAAAUACGUUUUAUUGUACGGUGGAUUUAAAUGUAUACGCACGUUGUCCAUAGUUUUGAGUACUUAUUUACAAUAUGCGUAUACGGAUUUUCUAUACCGUCCAAACUUGUCCAUAUUUUAAUACUCCAAUUAAAAAUGAAAUACUUUUUAUUCGAAUAAAAUAGUGUUUUGACUGCUGUAAAAUCUGACAAAUCCAGAAUUAAGCAUUUGUAAAAUGAAAACAAAAGUAUUACGAUUUUCUCGAUAAUACUAUGGUAUAACGAAGAAAAACCACCAAAGUUCAUAGAAAUAGAAACAUAUUUCGACGGUUUCCGUUUCCGUAUGUUUAAAAAUCACAAUAUUUUGUUUAAUUAUUGAAAAUGCUUUGGUAAAAAUUAAAAAAACAGCAACUUUUAAUUGUGUAAUUUUAUUAUUAACGGGGCGAUUUAUUCUGAUUUCUGAACAAAAGCGAAGAUUUUCAUCUUUGAAGUAAAUACGAUUUGACAGGUUUUUCUUUAAAGGCAUUAAGACGAUAAAUUCAUAAACAAUAAAUUACCAAUCGAAAGGCAAAUCAAUAUUUUAAAUUAACUAAAUAGGUAUGCAUCUUCUAAUAGAAACUUAUGAUUCUUUUUUUUUAUCACCGAUUAUCACAGAAGUUUUAUGCAAAUGAUGAAGCAUAAUAAUGGUAUACUAUGGGGUUUAUUCGUAGAUAAAAAUAAAACAAAUACAAUAACACAAAUAAAAUAAAAUAUGGUUAAAUUAAUCCUUUUUUUGUUUUUUUGACAACUAGUACUAGUUAAAUUAAAAAAAAAUAAGAAUAAUAAUUAAGCUAUGUUAAAGUUGAUUUGGGCACAUAAAUUUAUUCUAGUAACUAAGUUAAUAAGUUACGUGUGUUUGGAAAAAUAAUAAAUCAAUUCAAGAUAAAAGUUAAAAGGGUUUAAAGUUUUUUAAAAUUACCCAUGGCUAUAUUCAUAAACCAUAAACGAAUUUAAAAGCAAAACCGGGUAAAAAGUUUUUUGUACGAUAAAUCCGUGAUUAACUUAAAUUUUAAUAAAAUUAAUUAGCCAAGUUAUAGUUUUUUCUUUUUGAAAAAAAUAACAAUAAUAAUUUAAUUUAUAACAUUCUAUUUUUUUUUAAACUACUCGAAUUAGAAGUUAUCAAAAAAAAAACACGACCCGGGCGUAACAUAGCUAACUUUUAAUUUCCGGAUAAGUGAAUGUUUCGAGUUUAAAUUGGUAAAGCGAGGAAAUGCCUAAAAAAAAAAAAAAAAAAAAAAAAAUAUCCGCGCUUCUGGGCACUUCUUUCCACACGGCCAGUUAAACAACUCAUCGCGUACGAUAUUUUCGUAGGUAGUAUUAUUAUUACAAAUUACACGUUUCAAGGACGGUCCGAGCGUAUUGCCGACAAAUAUUAUCUUUAUCCGCGCUGUGGACGAAAACGGGGGUUUCUGUUUUCAAAACGGAAAAGUUAAUAUUUAUACAACGGUCUUGUGUGUGCGGAAUAACGUUCGCGGAGCCGCGGCGCCACGCAAUAAAUCAGACUUUUUAUCAAAUUUUUUUUUUUUUUUUUUUUCUCGACGACGACCGCGUGCCUACGCGUACACUGUAUCGACACGCGAAAACGACCGGCCGGCGGGCCGCAUGCGCCGAACACCGCGGCCCCGCGCACCGCGCCGGGGCGACAAUAAUGGUUUUCCUUUGUCCCGGGAUUAGUAAGCGUUUGCAGAACAAAGGGAUGCAUAAUACACGUACACACGUAUAUACGUAUGUUUCAUACGUUACAUGUUCUGGUUUACGCCAAAGGCGAUGCAUAAAUUACACCGCGAACUAUACGUAUUUGUGUGUGUGUGUGUGUGUGUGUGUGUAUACGAAUACGGGUACGUGCCUAAAAUAAUAAUCGCGCUGUUAGAAAAGCCGCUCGCGUGUUUUAUCGACGUUCGGGAAGCUAGAUAAAUAAUAAUUAUUGCGCGUUUCACGGACAUAUGCGAGAUGUUUGCGGAACAAACGAGUUUUGGCGAACCGUUCUUCGCGCGCGCCCGGCGUUACACCCGAACGUCAUGUCACACCGGAUCUCAACGAAACCGAACAAACGGCUCGUUUCCGCGCGAUUUUUCCCGGCUGUGCAAAGGUAACCGCGGGGAAAAAAUGUUUAAAAAUGACUUUUUCCAACACAACAACGCAAUUCGCUUUCGGGGAAUGCGCUACGGUUGAAUAUCAGAGCAAGACUCCUGGUAGUGAAGUCGUUCGCAGACACAUCGACACGUCAUAAUAAACCAAUGCAUUGGGUGCUCGCUGCGUUUAGAAUAUAAAUUUACGACCUCGUGUAAAAUAUACUAUUUUAUCGACACGGAGAUACGAUGAUAUGACGUAUGGUUAAUAAAUUGUUGUGAAACGUCCGACGUUACUUUUAUUAGUUUUUAAAGCGGUAUAUAGAAAAACAGAAAAGGGAAUGAUGAGUGUAUCAGAGAUGAAUAUUCUUAGGUGGAUGAGUGGAGAGACGAGAGAAGAUAGGAUAAGGAACACGUAAAUACGUCAGUGGCGUACUAACGGGGGGGGGGGGUUGAUCCCCAAACCCCCCCGAAAUUUUUAGAAUUUAUGAAUUUAUUUAUUAUACGAGAAAACUAAAAUGCAUGGUACUUAUAAUUAAUUGUAUUGUACUUAGCAACUUAGGUACCUAUAACAAAUUGUCUAUCAUAAUAAAAUAAACAGCGUACAAUUAUUGUUCUAUGCAAUUCUGAUAUAAAUAUUAAAUGAUACAGCCAUUGAUUUUAGAAUAUUCUAUUCUAUUUUAGUAAAAUGUGGAUACUUACGGGAAUAUAAGUAUUUCUACGAAAAUAUUGUAGAUAUGGACGUGGACGAACGGUGUAAUCGGCAUUAUCGGCAAUCGGUAUUAUCGCCGUCAUGUAUUUUAUUUUGUGCGAUUAAUCGCCUAGUGUGUUAGCCAUUGAACCAUUAAACUUAGUGAAAAACGAAAUUACGACAAGUACGUUGUUAAAACUUAUUUUUUUUAAAAAUACAUUAACAAUGGAUAAGUGGAUAAUAAAAAAACCUAAACUUGAUGUAGAGAGUAGAGACCAACAUGAUACAAAUUAUAACAACGAUCCAAACUUUAACAGAUCAGAAAUAAAUGAAAUUAGUUCAGGUAAGGCUAUUAUUUAUUUUAUUCUUCUUAUAGAAGAAGAUAUUAGAUUUACUAAACACAAGAAUACACUCUCAAUUAUUCAGAACUUUAUACCAAAUAAACUAAUAAAAUUAUCCGAAAAUGAAAUCGAGACAAGUACGGAAAUGAUGUCAAAACAGUGGCCAAUCGUUAUAAGCUCGUGUGACAAUAUUGUAAAUAAAGAAGUUCUAUUGUGGAAACAAAGAUGGAUAACCGCAGUAGAUAAGCUCCCUUGCACGUUUAUAGAUGCAAUACGUUGUUGUGAUGAGUUACUGUUCCCUAAAGUAUACCAAUAUUUAAAAAUUGGCACUACGUUGCCCGUUACAGUUGCCAGUGUAGAACGGAGCUUUUCAACGUUGAAACGAUUGAAAUCAUAUUUGAGGAAUUCUACGGGGGAAAAUCGACUUAAUGGAUUGGAUCACCUAAGUAUCCACAGAGAAAUACCAAUCCAAAGUAGUGAGGUGGUCGAUAUUUUUUCAGAAAAAGAUAGAAAGUUAAUGUUUUAAAAAUUAUCUAAUUUAUUAUUAUUAUUACUUUUUUUUAAUUUUAUUAUUUAACAUUUUUUUUUUAUGUAUACGUAUGGCUUAGUAAUAAGUAGUUAUUUCAGACUUCAGUACACAUUUUAUUAUGACGUGUCAAUUAAAAAAACACGAAUAAAAAUUAGUAGUCUAUUAAAAUGUACGAUAUGUUUUGUUAUGUUCAGAUGUCAGGACGUCAGGUCCAAUUUGAAAACAAUUUAAAAAUUAAAACCCCCCAAAAUUCAGGUCUAAGUACGCCACAGACAUACGUGGUAGCACAGGCGAGUUUUCGACUGUAGAAAAAUAAGAGAAAAUAGACUGAGAUGAUUUGAGCAUGUUAUUUUAAGAGAGGAAUCAGAAGCGGCAAGAAUAUUGUUAUGAAUAUAAACGAAGGCGGGAAUAAGCAGAGAGCAAGACCGAAAACGAGGAGGUAAGAUGUGAUUGAGAAUGAUAUGAGGACACCCAAUGCGGUCAGUGUAUGCUAGGUAGGAGAUUGGGUCAAGUGUAAGUUUCAGACGAGGGUGUUCGAUUUCAAAUAGCCGGAACAAAGGUGAAGCAGAAGUUUUUAAAACGGUGGCGUCAUUUCGAUAUUCGAUAGAUCGGGACAAACUAACAAAAUUUGCCGACUGACGGUACAGGAAAUAAGUUAUUCGCCGAAAUAAAUGUUUGUCGUUUCGUUUAAAUAUUACCAUCAUUUAAUUGGUAUUUAAAAUUGUCAUGCUUACAAAACAAUAGGUAUAUAUUUACGUGGCAUUUAAAUUGUUUACAUAUUGUUAAUGUUAAACGUCAUGAAAAUCGGUUAGAAAAUGAGAAAAUCAAACAUUUGACUACGGAUUACUUUUCUGCGAGGGCAUACGAACGAAAGGUAUAUAAAGCGUUUUUCGAUAUUUUGACAUUUUUUUCUGAAACCCAAAAGCCAGGGAUCAACCAAAAUGCCAAAAUAUGAUAAAUCGAUAAGGCUAGUAGACAGACUGGAGAUUUGCUAAUUUGUUACACGCGAAUGGCGCCAUUGUUUUAUAGUCUUUUGUAUAUUUGAAAUACAAAAUAAAUAAAGAUAAUAUCGUUUGAUAAACUAUAUUAUGUUGUAUAUCAACAGGGCAAUAGCUAUCCCCCCUCGGUGCAUGGCCUCUCCCGAGUUUUUGCAAAUGGGUUGCUAUGGUAAUUAAUAAACACGAAAUUGUCAGCACUUUUAUUAAAAAAAAACAUUUUGAACUCUUUUAAAAAAAAAGGGAUUUUUCGUCCAUGACAAUCAAAUUAAAUAAUACAACUCUUUUUGCCAUCCGCGUUACAAAAGGUAAACACAUAAAUAAAUUUAAAAAGUUCAAUAUUUUCAAAUUAUAAGACCGAAAAUCGAGUGUCAUCCCCUAGAGAGUGUUUGAAUUUCGGGAUAAAACUGAGCGUUAAUUAUUCCCGAGAAAAUACUUUCUACUUUCCAAUGAAAGUCCCGAUAAUUCCAUCGAAAUCGCUUUAGCCGUUUUCGAGAUUAGCUCAGACACACACUAACAGGCAGGAUGACAAACUCUUUAAUUUUAUAAUCGAUUCAAUAAUAUACCUGUACAACUGUACGGGUAUAACUUCUUUGGUUUACGCAGUUUUAUUUAUUUAUUUAUCUGAAACGAAUGGUUGAACGAUUUAUUAACGUUGUGUUAUAAUAUUAUUACGAUUGCAAAUGAAACGUAGGUCUAUAAUAAUGUUAUCGUAUUGCCCGUUAGACCAGAAAAUGGCGGUAAAACGUGUUCGGGCGGCGAUCAAAAGUACAAAUCGUGUUCAACUGAACAGGUAAAUGAUAUUUUAUAAUUCUUUGAUUUAAUCGCCGGAUUAAAUAUCUAAGACGUAUUGAGUGUUUAAGUGUUUGUAAUUUUUUGUUUAUUUUUAUUUUUAGUGUACGAACGCACCCCGGCUAACUCUUAAAGAUUUCGCAAAUGAGAUAUGUUUAAGGGCUAAAGAAUAUGAUUCCGAGCUACUGGGAACUGGUUAUCAAAAAAUCACUUCUGAUCGUAAGUUUAUGCCGAUAUAUCGGCUUGUAUAACAUAAUAUCGUUCACACUGUUGCGCAUCAUGAAAUCGUUGAGUUUUCGAAAUUUCGUAUCUGAUAAAUAUUUGUAAUUAUUUAUAUACAUAGUUCGACAAAACAGAGACAUGGCAAUCAUAAUAUUUAAAUGUGCAAUCAAAAACAAAUAUAUUGCCUUUGAAGUAUUUAUUAGUUUGAUUAUGGGUACAGUGUCGGGCCGGAUAAAAGAAAAAACGGCAUAAAUAUAUUAUUCUGUUGUUUCUUUUUUUAAAUUUAAUUUACAAAAGUCGUUUUGAAGCGUAAAUAAAUAAUGAUACAAAAACACAAAAUGAUAAUAUUUUAAGAUGCCUAAUUAGAUAAGGUAGAAAAAUAAAAUUGAAUAUUUCGAACCGUUGUGACUCAAUACAUAUUUCAAUAUCACACGAAACUACGUGUAAUAGUAUUUUUGUAUACGCUUUGCUAAAAUGUAUACCGCGGUAAAAAAAAAAAAAAAAACAUUGCUUAAAUUCUAUAAAGACAAAAAUGGAAAAAAACGCUUCAAUAAUAUUACUAAAUUUACAAUAUCUAUCUAAUAACGAUAAUGCAAUAAAACAGCAAGUGCAAACCAUAGCCACAGACAUUAAUAAAUGGACGGUACUUUCCCCCCGCACCUCCCUCCUACGUCUACGAUAUGCAUGAUACGGGUAACAAUAUUGAGUGGGAAGAGUUGGCGAUAGUUAGAGGUAUAAUUAUCGAUGGAAUGGGUAUUUCGGUUAUUUUUAUUGCACCAUGAAACUGUUAAUAAAUAUCUGUAGCCAGAUAUCAAGCUAACAGACAGGUACCUAAGCACGGUUAUGGACAUAGCCGUGUAGUCAAGUAAUGGAAAUUUAACAGUGUAAAUAAAACUAUUGAACCGUGUCUUCCAUAGCUGGGAGCUCACUAGCACUGCAUAUCGUCCAUCUCCCUCACUCAAUAUCGGUUCCUCGUUUUUUCCCCUCAAAGCGCAGUCCGUUUGUUAAUAUCUCUAUGGCCUAGAGCCACUGACGUUAUAAUCGUAUUACAUAAUGCUCAUUCGAUAUAGCCAAAGACGCGUGUACCGUUUGGUGUCAUAAAGACAAAGGCGGCACAAAGAGCCGGGGAUGGUCCUUUCCGGACGGGACCACUUGUCAAAUAAAAAAGAACAAGAGAUCGACAUACUGCAUCGGCGGAUAUUGCAAGGUACGUAAAAUAUGUUCAAAUAUUAUCGAAGUAUUAUAGCGAAUGAGAAUUAUUAAAAAUAUUAGGUAUUUUAGAUUCCGAGUGUGCCGGUAAUUGUGAACAAGUUGCGCUCAUUUCUCGGAAAACAUUUUAGGUUAGUGAAAAUGCCCCGACAUUUUAAUGCCAAGACUCAGGAAAGAUGCGUAGUUUUCACCCGGCGCUGCGGCCGUACUUUACUCGAAACAUGUUUAGAAAUUCUUUGCAACAGUCUACCCCGCAGAUCUUUAUCCGAUUAUUUUUUCUCGGAAAACACUUUUACGGUUAGUAAAAAUUCUCCAAAUCGGUCAUUCACGGAGUACGUAGAUAACUUAUACACCUAUACCGUGCGUUGUUUGCAUCAAAGAAGAUGCGGAUUUAUUGCCCUGUAGUAGUUAAUUUGAACGAUAAUUUGUCUAGAUUUCCGGUGGCUUUACUAAUAAAUAAACGGAAUUCUUCAGCAAAUGACACGAUUUAUCGGUUUUAUUUUCGUCGAUUUUUAAAAACAAUAAGUACAGCGAGUUCCGUUUAAUGUGAUUACAUUGGUUCAGGCCAUUUUGAUUCUAUAUACCGAUUGAUUACAUAAAACAUUUGUUUUCUUUUUAAUGAUUCUAUAUUUAUACGUAAAUUUAAAAUAAAAUAAAUACCAAGGUAUUUAUUUUCGAUUCUAUUUGAGAAACUAUUAAUUUAAUUUUCAUAUUAGCCUGAAAUUAAAAUCCAUAUUCAAUUAAUGUAUAUGAAAAAAAAAAAAAAAAAAACAUACGACUAUAAUAAAAACAUAAAAUACCAUAAAAACGAUAAGAAUGUCCAUGGAAGUGGUUCAAUUAUCCGGUGCUUGGUGAUUUUAAUGAAAGGUUAAUUCAACAUUAUUAACAUACGAUUUUUUUUGUGAUUUUUAUUUUUGAUUCCAAUAAACGGUUGAUUCUAUAAACCAUUGAUGGCAUCCGUUAUGCGGAACUCACUGUAUUUCGCGUAUAGCUACGCGCAUGUGUUAGCGAUAUUGCGUAGGUAGGUGCCUACGGAAAUUCUUAAAAUGAAUCGAAGGGUACUUUCAUAUUGAAAUUAAUAGAACGCUAUUGUGUAGAAUUUAAUUUGCUUUCGGUCUCCGUGUAUAAUUACAGUCGUUGUUAGACAAUAGAUGUAACGUAACAAUUACGUUUAUAAAUUACUUAAAUGUUUUAUCGAUCCUGUAAAAUAUGAUAAAUAGCUCAUAAACAAGCUGUUUAAAUAAAUAUUGAGUUCUUUUCAUUUUUGUGUUUACGAAAAAACAAACAUUGUACGAUAAGCAGAAUACUUACGAGUGUGCUAUUUUUUUUUUUUUUUGUUUAUAGCAUCACAAUGACAAUGAUUAUUAGUAAGGUUUUUGGACUGUAUGCACUAAAAAUCCACGAAAAAAAAAAAAACAAUUUUUUAACGCUAUAAAAUAAUUUUUUUUAUAAUACGUACAAUUUUAUUUAAAUAAAAUUACUCCGAGUUAAUGUUAAAUAUUUUUAUUUGAUAAUUUAGAGCCGUAAAAGGGAGGACUUUUAAAUUCUUCUACUAUUUUUGUUUUUUAAAAAUAUUUUUUCCCGAGCCCCAACUAUCGGCUUAUAUUAAUGUUUAUAUUACAUUGAGUUAUGCAUUUAAAUUUUUUUUUUAAGGUGGGAAAUCAUUUGUCUACAGUCUAUAGUAUAUGAUAACGAUCAAAUUAUUUCGUACCUAUAUAUUGUCAGAUAUAUUGAAUUUAUUUCUAACUUCAGUGAAAAUUGAGCAGUUGAUGAUGAUGCUGCAAGUGUUAUGUGAGUUGUAUGUUGGUCAUAAGGUAGGUUUUUUUUUCCAUUAGAUGUCCAUGUUAGAAUUUAGUUUGGUCUAUUUUAAGCCGGUUGAGCACUACUUCUUCGGUAGAUUUACGUAUUUGGUGUUUCUUCUUACAUCUUAGUUUGUUUUCCGCUGUAUUGCAAAAUUCCGCGUUCCGUAUAAUAUUCAUGUGGUAUUUAUUUAUUUAAACCUCUGUUUAUGUCAACAAGCGACGAAGAAUAAAGUUGAUUGCGUUUAAGGCUAUACUACGUCGGCUUUCUCGGUUCCCUUUAUGUUACAAUGCCCUUAAGUCCAUGCAUAAAUCGUACGCCAUACAUAAUUAUAUUAUUAACUAUUAAACGAUUUUUCGAAAAAAAAUAAUCGUCAUAUCAGUCGAUUUAUGUUUUAUAAUAUAACAUAGUAAUUAUAUGUGGAUAAACGAAAAGGAGAGAAUUUUAAGUUAUAUGUGAGAUGUUUCUCGAUAUUUUGGAAUCUAUAUAAUUAUUAACUAUUCAAAAUAAACUGAAAGACCUAAUUUUUUUCGCUCACAAAUAAAAUUAUUUUCAUACGUCGAUAACGGUUAGUUAGGUACUAAGUUCACCCACAUACAUUCCUAAAUUUAAAGGAUCGUUUACUUUAUAGGAUGCCUUUUUUACUACUAUCUAGCAGGUACUAGCAGCUAGUGUAUUGGAAUAUUCGUUUACACGUAGAUAGUAUAAUAGAUAGUACACAAUGGUCAAUAGAUAUAUUGGAGCGUAUAUAAUAACCAGUUGGGGUAGUUUGGUAUUCCUAUUCGUCUGCACGAUGAUAGCUCAGGCAUCUACUAGUAAAAUAGCCAUUUAGUUUGUCAAAAAGUUAAACAUUUUAACUUUAGUAUCUCGCUAAAUUAAAUAUGUAUUUAUUUAAGAUUCUGAGUGUAGCGAGUUUUAUUAUCAGAUUAGUUCCAUUAUGAUGUGCGGUUUUAUUUACUUAUUUUUUUGAAUCACCAUUAUUCUACGCACUAUUUUUCGAUUUGUAAGAAUCAACUUUGUUUAGCUCCAUAAAUAUACAUACAAAUGUAACGCAAGGUUUUUCAUAAGUUUUUUUUAGUGUUUAAAAACAAAAAGUCGAGUUUUUCAUUCUCCCACUUACAAUUGUAGUAGCCUGAGCAUUAGCAGUGUCAGUUAUUAUUGUUAUUAUUAUUUUUAUGACAAUGUAUUUAACAUUAAUUUUUAUUUGCACCAUAGAUCAUCCUAGAGGGUUUCGCUCUGUUUGGAAUACUUCACCAAAGGUGAAAAUUACGAACGUAGAGAGUAUGGGAAAUCAGAACGAAACCAAAGUGCGCCCCAGAUGACAACGCUACGGCGUGUGAAAUGACUAUAAGCGAGAAAUGAGCGUAAAAGAGGAAAUUCAGGCGUGUUGCCAAUAUACGAUGUAAAACGGGAGAGAACAGGAUUGUGGAGGUUCGGGUAAUACGUCAUGAAGUAACGGCAAGGUAUGCGCACAUAGGAGGUGAAACGAAGGCCAGAGAUAAAUAAACGAGGAAGUGAUUCGAUGACGGUCACAUUGGAAAUAUCCAACAUUUAAGCGUUUGGUCAGUUCGUUUAUUGAUUCGAUGACAUUUAUUGUGAAACGACAAGAUACAGGUACACAAGUGCCGUUAAAAGGAUAAUUGUACAUUUAAAAUUUUUACAUUUUUUUUUAUUAUGUUUAUAAUGAAUACAAGUUAUUAUUGCUCAACUUAAUCAAUUAAUAUUAAUAACGUAAAGAGAAGAGAAAAAAAAUAACAACUAAUAAACCGUUUUAUAGAUAUAUAGAAUUAAGGUAUAUAAUUUUAGGUACGUGAAACUGGAACCACAAAGUUAACGAAAAAUAAAACAAAUAUUCCAACUAUCUCUACUCUGAGUUGUUAGAUAUUGUUGGAUAAUUGUUAGAAUUUGUUGGAGGAAAUUUAAAAAGUUUAAAAUUUUACCUGUUGUAUUUACGGUAUGAAUUAUUUUUAAAUGUUUAAAAAGAAACAAAAUUGUGACGUUGAGGUUUCGUUACAUACUUUGUUUGUAUACUGUAUAGUAUUUAAACAUUUCAUACAAAUCUGAGCAUUUUUACCCGCCAAAAGUGUUAAAAAUCCAUAAAAACAAUUCGUUGGGAACCAAGUUAGACCAUAUCCAAUAAAAACAGUUCGGGAAAUAUUUAUUUUUCUUGCGUCAAAAGUUAGUUCCACAUUGGCCCUUCAGUCACUCCUUAUCAGAUUUUAACUUAACUCAUUUUUAUAGCGGCUUACCGAGAGAUUUCCCGAUGUUCCGGUGGCCUAGUCCAACCCUGGUUGGGAAAAGUGUUGGGAAUUUCGAAAUAUUUUUCAAACAAUAAACGAUCAGAUGAAAUAUUCGCACUUUUUGAGAUAAUGUGAAGUGAUUCUGAGACAAUGUGUUUUCUGAGAGAUGAAAAUAACACGUACAAUUAUAAUAGCUUUUUCGUUGUAUUCAAUAUUAAUUUGUCACUUAUUGCGAAUAUCACGAUAGGUUUUUGUUCGCAUUAACAAUUUAAUAUAACAAAUCAAUAUUUCCCCUUUGUCCUGGUAUAUUUCAAACUUAAAGCACUAUAUUAGUGUACGAUCAUGAUGUAGGAAUUCGCGUGCGAGGAUAAUAUCGCACCUGCGGCGGACACGCUGCACAUCGAGUCGGCCGAAAGGUGCGAACCGCCGCCUGCCCGGCCGAGGUCGCCGUCCCGACCGCUAGCGCUUUUGCCGGCCGAGUCGGAAACGGGCACCGGAUGGAAAUGGCAGCCGGUGUCCGUGUGUCAUUACAGUUGCAUGUUGCCUGGCACGGGUUUCAAACUGGUCGAGGGCAAAACGUGCAAAAACUGCGAUUCCAUCGUAAGCAUAAAGGUCUGCCAUCCGCAGAAAGACGUGAGUACAAUAGUAUUACGUUUGAACAGUUUAAGUCGAUUAUUAUAAACAAAUUGCUGUCCGAUCAUAUAAUAAUUUUAUACGUACCUAUCGACUUCCUUUAUUGUAUACCAGUAUAAUAAAAUACGUAUCCGAACGCGGUGCGCAAUUAUUACGGGGAAAGUUCAUUUUAAAAAGCGACUCUUUCUGGUUUUCGUUACCUAUACCCAUGUUGUUAUAGACUAUAGUAACUUGUUAUAUUAGAUUCUGAACAGACGAGUAGUGUAUUGGUUUUUUUAAUGACAUUACAAAUUGUUUAUACUUAUACAAGUUUAUAAUUUCGUAACUACUCAGUUUCGGUAUAUUACCAUCUUCGGGUUAUUGAUAACAAUGUUUUUGGUUUAAUUACGCAUUAAUAAAUAGAUAAAUAUUAAAUUAAAAAUAAAUUAAAAAAACGUUAUAAUUUGAACUUAUGCACAUUGUUUUAUUGUUUACAAAACAUUCUAAUUAGUAACCUGAAGAUGGUAACAUACCGAAACUGAGUAGUUAGGAAAUCAUAAACUUAAAACACUCUUUAAGUAAAGUUUUUUCAAACGAUUUUUUUAUAUUUAUGUGUUAUAUUUAGAGUGUCAAAAUCUCAAACUUUACAAUGAUGUUAAUUUUUUCUUGUAAACAACUUUUCUACCAGAAAUUUUGUUCGGAUUUUCGAUUGUAGAAUUUUUUCUGAAAGGAAAUUUGACUGGGGUAGUACUUUAAGGAGAUCGUUUUUUAAUUUUCCAAAUAGUUUUCAUAAUAAUUGGGAAAAUCUGAACAAUUUACAAAAUAUAUUAUUUUCAAAUCGUAAAUAUUACGGCCUUUCAAAACACGUUUAACUGAACUCUGCUCAGAAUCGUCUUUCGUUAGCAAUUAUAAAUCAUUGCGUACAGACAUAUAUUCUAUUUCCCCUUCUACCUUUCCGAUUUCUCACCUACAACAGUGACCUACCUAUCGUGCGAAAUAUGUCCGUUCGUUUUUUUUUUUUUCAUUUCAUAACGAAUACUUUCUAGGCUUCUUGAUAUCGGAACGAUUAGGUCCUGGGCAUUCGUGCGUAUCAGAAUUCGUUUCUUUCCCCGUGAUAUCGUCAAAAAUAUAGCCGAUCCCUAAUAAACAAACGGGUUCAAGCGACAUUUUGACAUUAUGAUUAUUAAGGACCGCGAUAUAAUGAAUAUAAAAAAAAAAGUUAUCUAACCUGUGUUUGACAAUUGUUUUCCGCCAUUAUUUCUAGCAAUGCAAACUGGGUUUAAAAUCCGUCGUGGAUUACGCGACUACGAUCUGCACUAAAUACGGACAAAAAGUGCAGAGGCUUUCGGGUUUAGGAAUGCAACUUUCGUCGGUGCCAGGCAAGAGAAGAAAACUUCUAAAAUAAACUACUAAAAAAAUAUAAACAAAACACCGUUAUUUUAUCGCGUUUUUAUAUUUUCAGAGGACAUGGACAGGCCGUGCAGACUGGCAUGUCAAGACCAAACGGUCCAGCACAGAUUUUACAUCGUCAACGGCGAAGUCGGUUGGUUUCCUUUCGGCACAGAUUGCGCCCGAGGCGAUCCGGACCGGCAUGCUUUUUGUCUGAGCGGAAAAUGUUUGGUUCGUGCGCGCGCAUAUAUGAAAACCAUAAAAUACCGUUAACAUUAGAUAAUUAUUAAGACAAAACCUAUUGAAGUACGGAUUUUAAAAAAAUCCCGAUUCUAGAAUUCUAGAUUCUCGUUGUUUCCAACUGUAUAAAUACUUAAUAUCGAAAAGUACUGCAAUGGCUGCGUGUACGAAAAUAACGAAAAAUUAAUAUGUUCAAUUCAGUGCUUGAAUCGGUGGAGGGGUGGGGCGCAAGUUGAUAAAGUUUCAUUAAUACGUAUAUAAAUACACAUUUUUUGGCGUCUAUUUAUACUAAUUAUUUUUAUUGUGAUAUUUUUGAAACACUUGUUCCUUUCAUCAAAUCGGAUAAACUGUUUAAUAUUUAUCGGCGGGUAAUAAUAUUUCUUUUUCAACAAAUUAAUCGAUACAACCAUUAUCGUUUUUUAUGAAAAUAUGCAACAAUUUGAUAAAAAAUUAAAAUGUAAACGAAGUACAUAGUAUUAUAAUUAAUGUUAUAAACAUCAUUUAAAUGCCGACACACCAUGGGAGGAACAUUGUUGUGGUUGGGAUAUCCUACAGGGCGAUUCAGUUAUUUAUACCUGUACAAGACCAUAGAUUAUUGUAAACGAAAAAUGAUUCUGAGCAAAGUUCGGUGUAAAACAAAUUUUGGUGAAUACAAUUUUAAUAUUGUACUGAAUUGUAACCGUUGAAAAAUAAAUUACGUUUUCCACGAAAUUUUAACAUAAUUCCGAUCUCAAAUAGCAGACGAAAAUAUAUCAAAAAAUUUUCGUUUACAUAAAACAUUAUAGUGAUUAAUAAAUAAAAAAUUUCGGAAUAUUUUCGAAAUUACAUUGCGUUUAGAAAGUGCUAAUAUAAAUAUUUGGAGAAGGGUUUAGAUAUCUCUAUGAUUAUUUUUCACUGAAUUACCACAGAGAAAACCAAAAUCUAUUUCCAUCGUGUUCUACAGAUUUUCAUACCUUAGUUAAUAUUUUAUAUUUAAAAAAUAAAUUAAUAAAUAAUAUUUAAAUAAAUAAAUUUAUAAAAUGUUUAAUAUUUGUUUUAAACUUGGGUUUUUUGUCACAAGAAUAUAGAGAAAAAUUUAAUUUUUAUCCAGUAAUCAAUAAAAUAAAAAUAGAACUUCUUAGUUGUUCACUUUUUAACAUGUUAGAAAUUGACAUUUUACAUAAAGUAUUAUUCCAAACAUUCGAUUAGACAUUACAUUUAUACCCGAUCGAUAUUUUCAUAGUAAUAAUCAUUUAAAUUUCUAAUAUUUUCGAUUUUUUACAUUUCUAACACUAAAAUAAUUUUCAAUAGGUAUACAAUAAAAUGAAAACUCGCCGAUUGUUAAAAUAGUGAUCAUUUGACAGUUGUAUUACGGUUGUGAUUCCCAAUUGCGCAAUGCCGUAAUAAAUACAAUUUUUUUCACGUCCCUUCUUUAGAGAUUUCUAGCGAUUAUAAAGGGUGAUAAUAAAAAUUUAAUUUUUCUCUAAAUGUAUGUGUCACAUUAAAAAAAAAAUGUCAAAAACUAAAAAUCAACAGAAAUAAAAAAAAAAAUUGGGUAAGACACGGUGGGAUAUAUUGUACAUGAGGGCGUUUCUAACGGGCUUUUUCCCUCAACCGUGUUAUUUUCAUGUCGUGGUUCCUCGUGUAUAUCAAUACUACGUUUGCUGAUCGUACCAUAUAUUUGUAUGGAUUUUAAAUUUAACCUUCGUUAUAAAAAAAAAAAAUAAAAAUAUUAUUCAUUAAUGGUUUUUUAUUGCUCAAUGACGUAGUCGUAUAGUUCGUAACUAUUCUACGCUAUAUUCCGUAAAUUAAAAUUAAAAAAAACAAACAUUAUUAAUACGAUAAUAUUAUUAAGUCGAAUAUUAACCGAUAAUAUUUCAUUAUUAACCGUAAAUUAAAUAAACGUCAGUUGCAUAAGUCAUUGCCAGUUCAGCCAGUAUUUAAACUGAUACUCAAAUAGAAUCCACUUUUACACUCUUAACACCGUGGGCGAGUUUUGAGGUGCAAGUACAAAUUAUAUAUCAUAACACUCUAUUAUUUUACUUAUACGAGUCUUACAAACUACACAAAUGUCUGAUCGUUGGAGCAUUGUCGAGAUUAAUUCGUAGUUUGUGCACACCCCGUUACGACUGUGUGCAAAUAUGUUAUAAUAAUGCAAAUAAUGUUUCACUUUUGGCUGGUUCUACGCUAUUUAGACGGGCGAUAGGCCGACCGUCGUUGUUUUCCAGUGUCUGUCCAUAGUUUUUUUAUGCGAUGCUGAUUCAUUUCUGCCCCGCACGCCAAAUAUUUCAUCAUAAGAUCAUCCUUGAUCGUUAUUUAUAGGCGUCUUCUCCUUGGUCGUACACUGUCCGUUGUUUACGUUUCACGACUGAUCUACAUAAUAUUAUACGUGCCUGGCCCACUCCAUUGUUAUUAUUUUUUUUUCCCGAGGUUUCUUUCCAGUAUUUAAAUAAAAUGAUUGCAAAAUCAUUAAAUCACAAACGCCGCAUAAAGCUUAUUAAUGUAUACCUAUUUACUGCAUAUUAAUGCGAAACGUGUCGAUAUUAUAUUAUUCACAGGAUUUCGGACCGGACAAUAUGCCAUUGUCUGUGGAAGACGCGGUUUCACACAAUAAUUUCAGUUCGAAUAAUCGUAUAAAAAGAAGUUUGCACAAUUAUAGCGAUGACAAUAAUAAUAAUUAUACGCUACAAGAGGUUAUACGACAGCUGUUUAACGCGAACAAACGUAAGUUUUUUGUUUGGUUUUUUUUGAUUUUGACGAAUCAAUAAUUAACACUUAAUUAAGUUAAAUAAGCAAAAAAAGUCUUCAGUUAAAAGUUAAAAUGCAAAAUUAUGUCAACUUAACAAGGUUAAAAUAUUCAUUUGUUUUUUUUUUUUUUGGAAGAGUGGGGUGGGUUAUACAAAUUCAACAUCAAAAAUAUUCGAUAUAAUAAGUAAUAAAUAUUUUUAUUAAAAUAAACUAAAUCAAACUAUGACAGUAAAUUGUAAAAUGCAUAAAUCGUAGUACUUGAAAUUGAAUUUCGAGAAAAAUCAUUUGUCUUCAACUUGUUAACUUGACUGGAUGUCUGGAUAUGUGAAAAUAAAUUUUUAAAAGUUAAUUUUGCACAUUGCAAACCUUAUCUAGUUAAAUUAAUUAGUUAACGAUUGAAAAAAAAAAAACAGUUAAGGUUAAAAAUUCAAAUGCCAUCGGUCACUACUCUUAUUAAGACACGACUAGUUAAUGAAUAAUAUUUACUCGGCUAAGUCAACUGAAAAAAUAUUAUAGAGUUAAAAUUUUGAAAUUUAAUUAUUUUAUUAAUAAACCGAGUUAAGUAGUAAUACGUUGAAAAUUUAAUUGAUUUAGUUGAGUUUAAUAUUUUACUUUUUCAAUGAAUAUGUUUAUUAUAUCUACAAUUUACAAAGGAUUUUAAAAACACAGAGGAAGCAUCAUUUGUAUUACUUAUAUUAAACAUGGAACCCUACAGACAAUGUUGAGAAAAAAAAAAUAUUUUGGUGGUAAUUAUGAUGGUAGUACUUAUUCAAAUAGCGUAUAGAUUAUAAAUUUAAUAUCGUCUUCAAAUAUAAAGCAAUUUCAAUUAACUUAACUCGAUACAAUAUUCACAAAAUUCAUUCGUCAAUUACAAUAUUAAUAGUAAGUUGAUGUAAAACUAAUUAGAAAAAAUAAAAUAAAAUACUUUAUAUUAAAAUUUUAACUUAAUUUUUAAUUAUUUUAACUCGUUAGCCUAGUCUAGUUUUUUUUAAUACCACUCGUAACGGCGUUUAAAUUAUGUGAAUUUCAGAAAACAGACGACCUGCAAUAAUUAAAGAUUACGAUGACAAGAUAUCGUUAGACUUUGACAAUCCUGUGGACUUUGACAAUUCAUGAAGACGUGAUAAUGUAUUUUUAUAUUUUAAAAAAAAAAAAGACUACAUUGGUUAUUGAAAUAUAAGUUAAAUAUUGCGAACAAUCAAAUUCGCUGUUUAUUGCCUUUUUGAUUACUGAGUUUUGUCUACGCACGGCGUUAUGCCUAGACAAUUUUAAUGCACGCACGUUUUGAGGUACCUCAAUAUUUAUAGUGGAAACAAACGUG